CGUGGGCAAACAGAGGUAGCGGAAGGUCGCGUCGCGUUCGAGAUAAAAAUCGAAAAAACCAAAUAUUGAAGUUUUCUUAUUACUUUUCAAGAUGGUAUAUAAAUACAAGAGGAAGACUAAUCAAGCCCAAUGGAGUGAGGACAGUAUGAUGCUUGCAAUAGCAGAUUGCAAUUCUGGCAUUCCUGUCAAAACGACCGCAAAAAAGUAUGGUCUACCUUACGCCACUCUCUAUAGGCAUUGGAAAAAAGGUAGUUCGACGGCUCAGCUUGGUCGUUUUCGUAAAGUUUUCAAUGAUGGUCAAGAGGGAGAUCUUCGAACGUAUUUUUAUGAAAUGGAUAGUGUUUUUUAUGGGCUAACCCGAGAAGAUUUUAAAACAUUAGUUUUUGAAUACGCGAAACGCAAUAAUGUCACUUAUCCGCCUAGUUGGGACAAAAAUAAAAAAGCUGGUGAUGAUUGGCUAGCAGGAUUUAUUAGAAGAAAUCCACAAAUUACACUAAGAAUUCCAGAAGCAACCACAAUUGGCAGAGUUAAAGGCUUCAAUCGUCCUCAAGUAGAAAGGUUCUAUAAACUGUUAAGUGAACAAAUUGAGAAGUGUCAAAUUGAUGGUACUAGAAUCUAUAAUAUAGAUGAAACUGGCAUUCAGACCUCGACAAAUAAACCACCCAAGGUUCUUUCAGUUAAAGGUAAGAGGCAAGUUGGAGUCAUUUCCAGCACUGAACGUGGACAAACUACGACAGUCGUGUGUUGCUGCAACGCUUCUGGAUCAUUCGUUCCACCGUAUAUGAUAUUUGCACGUAAAAGGAUGCAAGAUCGCCUUUUGGAUGGUUCUCCUCCAGAAACUCGAGGAAGUUGUUCAGCUUCGGGAUGGAUAAAUGGAGAAAUAUUUUUGGAUUGGCUUAAAUUUUUCGUCGGCCACGUACGUCCGACAAAAGACAAAAAAGUUAUUUUACUUCUGGACAACCAUGAAAGCCAUAAAUACUACCCAGCUUUACAGUACGCAACUGAAAAUAAUGUCAUCAUUUUGUCUUUGCCACCGCACACCUCAAACAAACUUCAACCUCUGGACGUGGCUGUAUAUGGUCCAUUUAAAAUAUUCUUCGAGCAAGAAAUCAAUAGAUUUCAAAAGGCUCAUCCAGGUAGGAUAAUCAACCAAUACGAUGUAGCCAAACUGUUCAGUCCAGCUUAUCUGAAAUCUGCUACUCCUAACAAUGCUAUCAAAGGCUUUCAAUCAACCGGUAUCUGGCCAACAAAUAAAGAUAUAUGGGGAGAGGAAGAUUAUGCACCAUCUUCUAUUACAAUGACAGACCGUAAUACCGCUAACCAACAGGAGACUUUUAUAGACUCAAACAGUCAAAAUGUUGAAAUUACGAUUGACAUCGAAAAGCCUUCUACAUCAGGGCUCCAAAAUUUAAAUGCUAAACCAAAGACUGCGACAAAGAAAAAUACUAAAACGACCAAAAAUAUAAUUGUUAAAGAUAAAAGCAGUGAUAAGGAAAACGAGGAAGAACAGUGUGUAUGCUAUUAUUGCGGGGAGAACUAUAUAGAAAUAAAUAAAAAACCAGUUGAGGAUUGGAUUCAGUUUGAUAAAUUUAUCGGCCAAGGUUCUACUAAAAAUGAUGUAAAAUCUUGCAGAGGCCCUGGUAUAAAUGUUUAA